CAAAAAUAUGACAGUUGAGGUUAAAAAACAAGGAAAAUAUAUCGUACUGAAAGUUUUCCCAUAUCUAGAACAUGUGUUACAACUAUUCUAUGAUUAUUAAACAUAAUUGGUAGUUUCCAUACACAAUAGUCGAUAUUUCAAUGAAUUACGGUAACUCUGCUGACCAAGAAAUGCCUACAACCUCUGUGAUAGCAAUAAAACAAGAGAUCAAAGAAGAAUUGGAUGAUUAUGAUGAAUCAGGGGUGAAAGAAUUAUCAGAAACAUUGAGUCAAUGUCAUUGACAGAUAAAAAAGACAAUUUUGAUGGAGUUGAAAUGAAAUUUGAAGCUGAAGAUGAAACGUUUAUUGACAAUGGAUUUGAAGAAAGUUGCAAUAAUUAUUCUGAUCAUGAUAGUGAAGAUGAGCCAAAAAUCUUGCUUAAGUGUGACAUUUGUUCAAAGGAGUACCAAACAAAGGAGCGUUUGUUUCGACAUAGAAAGUAUUUGCAUAAAUUAUCAGAGCAGCAACAAUUUAAAUGCAGCAAAUUUAAUUAUAAAACUCUAAUAAAACAAAAAUGUUUGAGACAUGUAAAAAUUCAUGAUAAAAAAAAACCACUUAAAAUGCCAUUUUUGCAGACUUUUCAGUAGACAUAAGUUGGAAAAUAAAGGGGAAAAUAAAAUUAAAAUAACAAGUAAAAUACAUCAGUGUGCCAAGUGUUUAUAUUCAACUAUUCAAAAAGGAAAUUUAACAACCCAUAUGAAAAUCCAUAAUAAAAUUAAAUCAUUAAAGUGUUUAUUUUGCGAAUAUAAAACUUACAAAAAGCAACACUUAGAUAACCAUAUUUUAUCUAAACAUUCAAAUUUAUUGAAUGAAUCCAAUCAAAAUUUAAUCACUUCCAAAAUACACUGUUGCCAACUCUGUAAUUAUAAAACCACACUUGCCAGUAAUUUAAGCAAACAUUUUAGCUAUAAACAUUGAUUAUCCUGAUAUAAUAAAUAUUACAAAAGUUGUUUUUCUUUACCUUUUAGGCAGCAAGAGAUGAUUUUUUAACUUUUGUUUAAAAAAUUCCC